GGAGGGAGCUGGAGAGAGGGGGGCCCCGCGCCAACCGCCGGCGGAUCCAGCCGCUCCUCGCUCCUCGGGGAGGACGGGCGGGCGGCCGGGGGAGGGCGCGCCGAGGCCCGCUCCGGAGCAGUGGCCGCGAAUGACGGCAGAGGCGCAGCCAGCCCCGCGCGCGCAGCCCCCUCCCCCUCGCCCUCCUCCCCCCCCUCCUCUUCCUCCUCCUCCUCCUCCUCCUCCUCCCGGCUCGUCGGCGGCGCAGAGCAGCGGCGGCAGCGGCGGCGGCGGCAGCAGCAGCCACCAGAUGUCUUCGGCGCCCGAGAAGCAGCAGCCACCGCACGGCGGCGGCGGCGGCGGCGGCGGGGGCGGCGGCGGCGGUGGCGCGGCCAUGGACCCCGCGUCGUCCGGCCCGUCCAAGGCCAAGAAGACCAACGCCGGCAUCCGGCGCCCCGAGAAGCCGCCCUACUCGUACAUCGCGCUCAUCGUCAUGGCCAUCCAGAGCUCGCCCACCAAGCGCCUGACGCUCAGCGAGAUCUACCAGUUCCUGCAGAGUCGCUUCCCCUUCUUCCGCGGCUCCUACCAGGGCUGGAAGAACUCGGUGCGCCACAACCUCUCGCUCAACGAGUGCUUCAUCAAGCUGCCCAAGGGCCUGGGGCGGCCCGGCAAGGGCCACUACUGGACCAUCGACCCGGCCAGCGAGUUCAUGUUCGAGGAGGGCUCCUUUCGGCGGCGGCCGCGCGGCUUCCGAAGGAAAUGCCAGGCGCUCAAACCCAUGUACAGCAUGAUGAACGGGCUGGGCUUCAACCACCUCCCGGACACCUACGGCUUCCAGAGCUCCGCGGGCGGCCUCUCGUGCCCGCCCAACAGCCUGGCGCUGGAGGGCGGCCUGGGCAUGAUGAACGGCCACUUGCCGGGCAACGUGGACGGCAUGGCCUUGCCCAGCCACUCGGUGCCACACCUGCCCGCCAACGGCGGCCACUCGUACAUGGGCAGCUGUGGCGGUGCCGCGGCCGGUGAGUACCCGCACCACGACAGCUCCGUGCCGGCCUCCCCGCUGCUGCCUGCGGCCGCCGGCGGGGUCAUGGAGCCGCACGCGGUCUACUCGGGCUCCACGGCCGCCUGGCCGCCCUCAGCCUCUGCCGCGCUCAACAGCGGCGCCUCCUACAUCAAGCAGCAGCCCCUGUCCCCCUGCAACCCCACGGCCAACCCCCUGUCCGGCAGCCUCUCCACGCACUCCCUGGACCAGCCGUAUCUACACCAGAACAGUCACAACGCCCCAGCCGAGCUGCAAGGCAUCCCGAGGUAUCACUCCCAGUCGCCCGGCAUGUGUGACCGCAAGGAGUUCGUCUUCUCCUUCAACACCAUGGCGCCCUCGUCCAUGCACUCGGCGGGCAGCGGCUCCUACUACCACCAGCAGGUCACCUACCAAGACAUCAAGCCCUGCGUGAUGUGAGACCACAGCCCGCGGGGCCCUCUGGGCACGGGCGGCCUGGCCCGGGGACCCGGAACCCGUCGCAGAAACUGCUCUAUUCUUGAGGUAUAACCGUAGGCAGAAGACAAGGGUCUGACCCCUACCCACCCGGAUUAUUUGGAAAGGAGUCCCCAACGCAAAGGAAGAGCCAGCUCGGCGGCACCCACUCCCUCAAAAAAUUAACAAGUGGUGGCUGAGGGGCCUGGUCUGACUGCAGCUGUUGGUAAAUAAAAAUCUAUUUUUGAACCAGUUGAAGCCGGCUGAGAAGGUGCUGUGCUGGGGGAAACCCUCGACACCCAAACAAGAAAGCAGCUGAGGUCUCUCCCCGCCUUCCCUCCAGUGGCGAAGGUGGGGGAAGGCUUUCGGAAGAAAGGCAAACAUGUGAGACCAUCAUUAUCAAAUACUUUUAUAUUUUGGUUGAGUAUUUAUCUUUUUACUUUUACUUUUUUUUUUUUUUUUUUUUUUUGAAAAAAAUU